AUGCACGCUUUGGGACUACUACGGAAGUAUUUGGCAUCGGAACUACAAUCCACCGGAAUAAACAAAGCUUCACAAGUGGAAAUGAGAUUGAAUUCGCGAUUGAAGUGGAAAGCUCUACUGGAUCUACUUGGGCCUAUUUUGAGCGUGGUAUUUUGGACAACGGCACUGGUAAUUCGUGUGAUUCCGAAAGAUCUGACGGAAAAAGCGUACAAAAUCUAUUAUCUUCUCUCUACCGGGUUUUGGCAAACUUUGGUUUUGCCAUACAUAAUGAUAUCAUUCUUGCAUAGCAUUUAUCUACUUUUCGUUCUUUUGGAUGAUGCCGGUUUUACACAAAGUGAGGCAUCAAACAAGUUGUUCAGUAGUUUUGAUGGCCUAUCGUCAGACUCUUCAAAAGAGGAAAAAAUGAAUCUACUCAACGAUUUGGAAUCGAUGCAAAGAAAAUAUGCCUGUUGUGGUAGCACAUCGUAUCUGGACUGGCUCUCAAUCAAUAUGAACAGUCUGACCAGUCCAAAAGAUCUCGGUUCACUCGAUGUGGAUACUGAUCGGAAUGAAAUGGAUCCGUGGGGUCAGAAAUAUACAAGUGGUUUCUUUCCAACCAGUUGUUGUGAUCGCCGGUUAACCAUCACAUGUUCCUCGUCCCUGCUGACCCCGAGCGAAGAUUUGUCAAUCUAUUAUUUAAGGUAUGAAGCGCCAGUGUAUCGGAGAAACUGUGUUUCCGCGGUCUACGACCACAUCUAUACUGAAUUAAGUGGACUAAUCCUUUUAUUUUCAUUUGUGGAUAUUGCUUUGCAUUUCAUCCAACUUUACACUCAGGGUAAAUCUUAUUAUGUUUCCGCCCCGAGAUAUCCGUGCAUCAAAUGGAUCAAUGUAUUGCCACCGCUUCAACGUUUACUUACACCACCGAAAAUGGGCUCUCGUCGGGAAAGUACCGGUUCCAUGAUUCAUCGAACCGGGUCCGUAACUCACAUGGACGGUUCACGAACUCAUCGUGACGGUUCGACCCUACUUCCCGACGGGACUCUGAUUCCUAUCCCAGAAAAACUGAUGCAUCGAUCUGGUUCAAUCACACAUCGUUCUGGUUCACGCACACAUCGCACCGGUUCUCAAACACAUGUGGAUGGAUCCCGUACACAUCGAACUGGAUCGAUCACACGUGCUGACGGAUCCCGAUUGCAUCGAGACAAGACAAUCACUCCUGGUCCGGGUGACAGUCGUGAAGUGUGCAUGGUGGGUGAUCGGGUCAAAGUAUUCUUUGGUUCAACCGGUUACAUUUCGACAGAAAAAUUAUUGCGAGCGUGUCAGGGAUUUCAUCUGUAUGCACAGCCGAGCCUGUCUCAACAGACCACGAUAGAUGUGAAAUGUGAUUGGCUUGAAAAUCAAAAGAAAAUUGGCUGGAUGUUACGAGGUGUGGGAACACAACACGCUUGUUUCUUGUCCCGUGUGCCAAUGAAACCAAAUUACGCAUUCACUCCAGCUCAGACCAGUGAUUGGAGACGUUUCUUACGUCUGCAUAUGCCAAUCAUUGAAGCAAUUCUGUUUGCCGAUGGAAAUGCCGUACUGGAGAACGAAGCGAACUCGUUCUAUCGAAGUUUUGGUGUGGCAUUUAUGCGAGGUCUCUUGUUUCUUUUAUUUGGGAUUCUGGCCACCUAUCUUCUUUUACCUAUCUAUGCCCCAACAAAUUUGAACACUCCGAUUUUGAAUUCUGCGUUAGAUCGUCCAAGGGACGAGAAUACCAGACUUGAACUUGAUUCCGAAGUGCGACAAAGUGUGAAUAUUAUUCAGCAAGAGGUGAACAAACAAACUUCAUUUUUUCUUUUUUUGUCCAUUAUGAUUGGCGCAUUGGUCUCACGACGUGUGCGCUGUCUACUCGUGCUAGUUCUGCCGAUUUUCGGUAUGCGCUUUGGUCACAUCUACUUGGCCAAUGAGAUGCUCCACGCAGUGCUUAUCGGCCCACUGGCAAACAGUGAACAGAAUCUGUUAUCCACCGGGAACACAAUAACCUGUCUCGCCGAGCUGGCCCAUAACGUGUCUCGGGAUUUCGAACGUGUCAACUGGCUCGAUGCCACUGAUGACGCUGUGGGCUUUGAAUACGCGGAUCCCCUUGGCAGUGACUCGCCUGAUUACCGAGACAUGUCUCCAAAUCUGUUGGAUAUGAUGAAGAGCACAUCGAAAGAUAUAAUCAAGGCCUUUGACAAAUAUACCGAACUAUGGCCAGAAAUAGAACAAUUGGAUACAGUCUACGACAAAAUGACCACAUCAACGAAUGAAAAAUUCGCAUCGGACGAGGACGUGAAGGAAUUUCGUACGGCGGUGGAUGGCAUUGUCAAGGAAUUGGAUCGAUACACAGAUAUGAAAAUCCGGAUGUUUGAUGGCAGUAUUAAGAAUAUGACAGACGAAAAGGUCAUGCCACAAGAUUUUGUGAAAUCGAUUAAGUCUCGCUUGGACAAGGGAGCUAUGAUUGAGAAACGAAUGAACCGUUACACGAUUUCUGCUUGUAUGCUCUAUAGACAACACAAUUUGACUGCCUGUCGAGAACAGGCCUCGAAUGUGUGCUCCGUUUUGCACACUGUGAUCAAAAGUCUUCAGUAUCAACCAGUAUGGUAUACACAGGCCUGCGACAAAACCAGUCAGUACGAAUACGCAUGUCCGUUCACAAACUUUCUAAGUGAUGCCAAUCUUCAGUGUGGUCUUGUUCCAAAUUCAGUUGGGACCGAGAGUGGAUUGGGUGCUCUCGGUUUAGAAGCGAGAAUAGCAGUCACCGCAUUACGCAAUGCGUUCGAAGUGAAUAUAUCACAUUCUGAAGACGAGAUUCAUUUACUGAAUGAAUCAGAUUGGCUGCGAUUCCCUGAAGAUAAAUUACCAAUACCGAAAAGCGUAUUCCCGGAUGGGAUGACCGCUCUCUUCUAUUUAAUGGUUAUUCUCAGCUCAAUUGGGCGACUAACAUUUCUCGGAGUGCUGUACACAGGGCAUACAUAUAUUUCAAAUUAUUUAACGGAUACAAAUUUUGAUAAUAUAUAUGCCGGGACUAUGUUUGAAUUUAUUGAUGCCAAACGGUUAAAGGAGGGAAGAGAAACUCUGCUCCCGUUGAAAUCAAUGGAAAGUCCGCAUAUUUAUUGGCGACGAAAAUGUUACACAUCGACGGAAAUGCAAAGGCUUGCUGUGAAUUUGAUUAUCGCUUUCAUUGUUGGCUCCGGUUUGAUGAUCAUGUUCGCCGUGGACACACAUCUAUACGAAAUGGUUAUAUUCCUGGUUGAUCUAACGGUUGGAUUUUACGGAAUGCGUGUUCGUAUCCGUAACACCUAUUUCAGUGGCACCCAUGCAACUGUCCUCGGGGAUGGAGUAUUUCGAAAUUUGACAAAUAAAUUUCUGAAAAAUUUGGGGCGUCUAAGAGAUAUGAAUAUGAAUUACGAUUCGGCCUACUGCAGUCCACUGGCUUUUCAGACCAGUGCCACUCAUGUGCACGAUUUCUACGAGGCUUGGUAUUUGUUAAUCGCUUUGGUCAUCUUCGCCCCGGCCUUGUUACGUCUACGCCAUGUGGUCGCCUCAUUCUUCUAUCCAUCACGAACUCGAACACGUACUGUAGCACUUUAUAACUCCAUGCUCGUAAAACGUCGUCGACAUAUGACCACGUGUCGUAAUUUGGUCGUUCACUGGGUUCGUGAAGGUCGGUUGCAGCAGGAGGCCAGAUUUCAGAGUGAACCGAAUCUGUUUGUGGCAUUGAUGCCCAAACUGGCAGCGUUUUUGGGUUUGGACAAAAAGACGUGCAUUAUUUGUCAGGACCGUAUUUCAGCCGGGCCGGAAAUUUCUGUUUGUUCACUGGAUCGCGCGGCUGUUUGUCGUCAGUGCGUCGCGGUCGUGUUGAAGCGAGACUGUUGUGUGGUUUGCUUAGACCGGAACCCGAAGCGGUUGUUCAAAGAGAGGAGGAAAAUUCAACGUUUGGAGAACAAAUUGAAUUUACGAUUAAACGAGAUGUAA